UAACCUUUGACCUCACAAUCUAGAUGCAAACCGAAAGAAAAGUUCAGGAAGCAGGACAUCGGUAGUUUGAUAUCCUAGGGCGAUUACAAUGUAUAUUUAUGCAGACUACUGACCAAUGACCCAAAACGCAUGUCUGACAGUUGAACGAUAAACGGAUAUUACACACCCAUGGAUCAAACGUCGCAACGAUGUUGUUGAAUUCAUUUCCUUACUGAAGAGGAUUUACACGGAAUAGGACUUCAGAAUUUCACGAUGGCCGAUAACCGUGAUGAUGACUGUGACCUUGACACGAUCACAGCGACCUCUCCACUGAAGUCAGAUCAGGACGUGGACGACAUACCUGAACAUCUAAGUGAAGAUCUAGAGGAAGAGGAGGGGGAACGGAGCAAUGAUUCUGAGAAUGAGGAUGAAGGGUUACUUGACCUCGAGUGUCAAAUGGCGUCUGGGUUAGAUCUGAGUACUGGACGGAAGCGAGGUAUCCGAAAGUACAGGCAUGCUCUCAAGUCACUAAAACCCUAUAGGAACAGCAAAACCCCCAAGGAUGAACUGCCAGAAGCCACAGCAGGAUUUUUCUCUUUGCUCACUUACGCAUGGCUAACACCCAUCAUGUGGAAGAUCUACAGAAAAGGAACUGGUUUCCUUGGCAACAUGAGAUGUAGUGAUAACAACAGAGCAGAAAUAAACUCAGAAAGACUUGAAAAGUUAUGGAAAGAAGAGCUGAAGAGGAAAGGCCCUAAGGACGCAUCUUUUGGCUGGGUGGUUUUCAGAGCCGUGAGAACACGCAUCUUCUUUGGUGGAAUGACCUUCAUUUUAUCUGUCAGCUUCAGUUUCUUUGCUCCUGCAUUAGUAUUAAACAAGCUGCUAAAGACAUUAUCCAACAAAGAGAAAUUUGAUAUUGCCUAUGGAAUAAUGCUGGUAGCUAUCAUCUCUGUGAUGGAGUUCUGCCGCUCAAUGCUGUUUGCUCUCGGCUGGGUAACCAACUACACCACAGGUGUGAGACUUCGUGCAGCUUCCCUCAGCUUGAUUUACAAGAAGAUCCUGAAACUUCGAGGCCUGAAGGAUAAGUCUGUUGGGGAGUUGGUAAACCUGUGCAGUAACGAUGGUCAGCGUCUGUUUGAAGCAGCGGCCAUUGGUCCUUUGUUGAUUGGAGGGCCCAUUGUGCUACUGUAUGGUGUUGUGUACACUACCUACCUGAUUGGGCCCUGGGCGCUAGUAGGCAGCGCCACCUAUCUGGCAUUUUAUCCCUUCAUGGCUUUGAUUAGUCGAUUGACGGCUUACUACAGAAGGAGAGGAAUUGUAAUCACCGACAGAAGGGUACGAAUGAUGUCGGAGCUGCUUACCUGUAUAAAACUAAUCAAAAUGUACGCCUGGGAAGUGCCGUUCAGCAAAAAGAUUUCAGGUAUUCGUUCAGAAGAGAGGGCUAUCUUGGAGAAGGCUGCAGUGGUCCAGGGCAUUAGUACCUCCGCUGCUCCCAUGGUGCCAGUCAUGGCAUCUGUGUUUGUCAUUCUUGCGCAUGUUCUUACAGGAAACGAUAUCACCCCUGCACAGGCAUUUACCCUUGUAGCAGUAUUAAAUGCUAUGAGGUUUUCCCUCGGAGUUAUCCCUUAUGCUGUACGAGCGCUGGCCGAUUCCCAAGUAUCAUUUAAACGUUGUAAGAGUGUAUUGCUGAUGGAGGAUAUCAAGCCCCAUGUAUCACAGAUCACCAACCCAAACCACGUAAUAGUGCUGAAGAAUGCCAGUUUUGGCUGGGACGCUACAGGCAGCAGUAAAGACGGGAGCAGCAGUAAAGAUGGGAGCAGCACAAAACCUCAACUGGCUAAUGGUAAAUCCAAAGAUAGCAAGAUGGAAGAGAAGCAAAGACUUCAAGACAGUGAAGAGGUGGCCGAAACAGAUCCUGAUGUUGUACAGACCCUGGUGAAUAUGGAUUUCAUCCUAGAGAAGGGAAAGCUAAUUGGAGUGUGUGGAAGUGUUGGGUGCGGGAAGAGCUCCCUUAUAUCGGCUGUAAUGGGACGGAUGGUGCUGUUGUCGGGAAAAGUCGCAGUGAAGGGUAGUGUGGCGUAUGUGGCACAGCAGGCGUGGAUCACAAACUCAACAGCACGGGAAAAUAUACUGUUUGGUCAGGUUUAUGAUGAAGAGAAAUACAAAGCAGUGAUCCAUGCAUGCUCCCUCGAGGAAGAUUUUAAAGACUUUGUGGAUGGAGAUCAAACUGAGAUUGGCGAGCGCGGAAUCAACAUGAGCGGUGGCCAGAAGCAGAGGAUCAGUCUGGCUCGGGCCGUGUACGCAGACAAGGAUGUUUAUCUUCUUGAUGAUCCUCUCUCUGCUGUCGACAUCCACGUUGGGCGUCACAUCUUCAAAGAGUGUCUUACCAAGUGUAUCAAGGGAAAGACAAUACUGUUUGUCACUCAUCAGCUACAGUACCUGAGUCAGUGUGAUGGGAUAAUUGUGAUGAGCGAUGGACAGAUAACAGAGAGCGGCAAACAUGAGGAGCUUAUCAAAAACAAUGGCGAGUAUGCCAACCUCAUCAACACCUUCUAUGCAAAAGAAGACAGCGACUCAGGGGAUGAAAAUCAGGAAUUUAGGGAGAGACUCGGGUCUUCACCCAAAAGUCCUCGGGAAAGAACAUUUUCAGGUACACGUCAGAGAACUACUUCAGGGAGAGAACGGACACUGUCAGCAUCUUCACACCACUCCCUAAAGGGCCAAGCUAACGGUGUUGACAGACAGAUAAGCACCAUGUCUGCUAUGAGUGACGGGUCAGGGCAACAACCUCCUACAAAUGCUGGAAAACUCAUUGUGACUGAGGAGAAGGCAAAGGGAAAGGUGACUGCCAAAACCUACUGGACCUACAUUCAGGCUGCGGGUGGAAUGUUUGUGGCUUUAUCUGUGAUGCUAAUCUACAUCGUCAGUGUUGGUAUCCAGAGUGGAACCAGCUGGUGGCUGUCCUACUGGCUAAACCAGGGAAGUGGGAAUACAACGGAAGAGGUGAUGAUAGGAAAUGUGACCUCAAUAAGGUUGAGUAUGAACAUCCGUCAAAAUCCUGAUCUUAACUUCUACGCCAUGAUCUACGGGAUUGGCAUUGCGGUUGUCAUCCUGACAACCCUUCUCAGGACUAUUCUCUUUAUGAAAGUCACACUUCACGCUUCCAGUAAGAUGCAUGAUACCAUAUUCAGAAAGGUGCUAUCUUGUCCAAUGAAAUUCUUCGACACAACCCCAGUGGGGCGAAUCAUCAACAGGUUCUCCUCAGACAUGGAUGAAAUUGAUGUCCGACUGCCUGGAAGUGCCGAAGUUUUUUUAAUGAAUAUCCUGACCAUCAUCUUCGCGCUCAUUUCCAUCUGUUAUGUGUCACCAUGGUUUCUUAUUGCCCUUGUUCCAUUGGUUGUUGCCUUCAUAAUCAUCAACGUCAUCUUCACCUCCGGAGUUCGAGAGCUGAAACGAUUAGACUCCACAACGCGCUCUCCGUUACUGAGUCAUGUGACUGCCUCCAUACAAGGAAUAACAACUAUUCAUGCAUUUGGGAAAUCACAAGAAUUCUUAGAUAAGUUUCACCAGUUAAUGGACACCAAUACAGUACCAUUCUUCCUCUUCUACUCAUCCAAUCGUUGGCUGGCGGUCAGACUUGACCUAAUAAGUGUAAUUGUUAUCGGAAUAACGGGACUGCUGGUCAUCCUUACAUAUGAAACCAUUACCCCUGCUCUAGCUGGCAUGGCUAUGGCCUUCGCUAUACAGCUGACAGGCCUGUUCCAGUUCACCAUCAGACUGGCCAUAGAGACCGAGGCCAGGUUUAUUUCUGUAGAGAGACUGCAGCACUACUCUAAGGAAGUGGAGUCAGAAGCACCAGCUACCAUUAAGGAAAAUCGCCCUGCGUCAGAUUGGCCAAAAGAUGGUUCCAUAACAUUCAAAAGAAUAAAAAUGCGCUACAGAGAAAACCUGCCUUAUGCUUUAAGAGGAGUCUCAUUUGAAGUUCUUCCUAGGGAAAAGAUUGGUAUUGUGGGGAGAUCAGGGUCAGGUAAAUCCUCCCUGGGUGUGGCACUGUUCCGCCUGGUGGAGGUGGAAUCCGGUUCCAUCCUUAUUGACAAGAUGGACAUCAGUGGCAUUGGUCUGGAUGACCUGCGAUCAAAACUGGCCAUCAUUCCUCAGGAUCCUGUCCUCUUUGUAGGAACAGUAAGAUAUAACCUGGACCCGUUUCAGCAGUACACAGAUCUACAGCUGUGGGAUGCAUUAGAAAAAUGUCAUAUUAAAGAAGCUAUUGCCACCCUGGAGCAGCAGUUAGACUCUACUGUGGUGGAGAACGGAGAGAAUUUCUCUGUGGGUGAGAGACAACUCAUUUGUCUGGCCAGGGCUCUGCUACGUCACAGUAAGAUUCUGAUGCUAGACGAGGCGACAGCAGCUAUAGAUACGGAGACUGACGCCCUGGUACAGACCACCAUUAAGGAGGCAUUCGCUGACUGUACCAUGUUGAUAAUCGCCCACAGACUAAACACUGUUCUCAAUUGUAGUAGAAUUCUUGUAAUGGAGGAUGGCAAGGUGGCUGAAUUUGGUUCUCCGUCUUCCUUGAUUUCCAACCCUAAAUCCAAAUUUAAAAUGAUGCUGGAUGCUACAGAAGGCCAAUAUGAACCUAGGUGAUGCAGGACCAUUUAUGGGAACUUUUCUAAUUUAAUCAAUUUUAUUUAAUUCUUUUCAAUUUUCAGCUUAUUAUGGUCAUUCAUGAAAGUCACUGGUUUUAAUUGUUGUUAAUGGAAGACUUUGAAAAAUUUAAAUCUGUCCAGGGACAGUGUUUUUCUUAAAGAAAAUUAAUGUACUAUAAAUUUUCUUCGAAAGGGAAAAAAGAUAAAUGAUGAACAUUGUCACUCCAUGUACCAAUAUUUCAGUCCCCAGGAGCAAAUGCCAGUGAUAAAUCUAAGUGGCGUCUAUCUUGUUUUUUCCUCUUCCUCAAAAAAAACACCAAGGCGGAUGAUACUUAUGUAGAAUCAGCUUUGAAUUUCGCUUCAGGAAAUAUUUGUUAUAAGAUAAUGAACACUGCCUCACUCAUUGGCUUUAGCUGAUGUAAAAAUAUUUUGAAUAUCGUCAAAUCACAGCCAUUUCACAAGUCUACAUACGUUGCACCAUUAGUAAAUAUAUUAAAACUUCAUUAUGGUGCCGUAACAUUGGAGGAUAUUCACAUGUGAAUUUUCAAAAUCAUCAAUUACUGUAGGCUUAGAAUGACUACCCUUACGAAUCCCUGUACCACUAGUACUGUCACUGUAUCUGUGCAUAGGAACAUUCUUCUUGCAUGACUAUACUUUCCGUCAAUCUAUUUUGAAAAAGGAAACUUUACUUAAUGUGGGGCCUUCAUGAAAGAAAUAUGGGGAAAUAAAUGAAAUAUAAUUAACUGCAGUAUUCUGAGUGUAAGAUAUCAACAGAGCUAAAUCAGGAUUCGAACCCUGGACAUCAGAUGUAUGUACUGUUGCCUUUACCAACUCUUCUACCUAAAUAAUUGUCAAAUGUGCUACAGUUAAAUCUGAAACAAAAUUAUGGGGAGGCUACUGGGUAAAUGUAAAAGCAGAUCGUGAAUGCAGUUAGAUCGUGAAUGCAGUUAGACUCCUUAAGAGUCACUAAUCAUAGAUACUGUAGACAAAAAAUUGGCAUGUAUUGUUUAGAAUCACAAGUAGGUAGGAUGAAAUAUAUACUUUAUUAUGCUAGAAAAAUAUUGUGUAGGACAUUUAAAUAUACCUUUUCAAUUAAUUUAGUUUUGUCACAAAGUUAUAUUUUGACAUAAUGUGCAUUCCUUUCAAACUGAGAGAAGGGCUUUCCUUCUUUCUAUAUAUUUGUAUGACAGCAUGAAUAUGUUUUAUGAGACUGCCCAGAAUGUAUAUAAUCAUUAUGAUAUUAUUAAGGACUCAUGCAACUAAAUCAGCCAAUCAGCAAGUGUUUCAUACAAUCAGAGCUAUCAAACUUCCCUCACUAGAAGGAAGACUCCCUGAUUUUGACCACAACUUUCCAUUAUCUCCCUCAAAAAUCCCUUAUUUACGUCCAAACUCACACACACUCAAUAUCUACAUCCUGUGGUCCAAUGAUUUCAUAGUUACAACAGGGUGUGUGUAAUGAUCAGAACAGGUGUGUCUGAAUCAAAUGAAUGCUUUUUGGAGUUAUUUUGAUACAUAAAAAGGGAAAGAUAAAUAGAGCAAAGCAGUUUCAGUCGUGUUUCACACACUUUCUCCAUUUCGUUCUACAUUUUCAAUGAGGGAGAUAUCCCCUCAUUGGAGGUUUCAGAGGUCAACAACUAUGUUCAAAUACAGCGCCUACGAGUACAGUAAAUUUUUAAUUUUAACAUAUUUUUAUUAGAAUGAAAUGUACUGGUGCUUAAAUUUGAAAAGAAAUGUAUGGUUUUAGUAGAUUGUAAUAUCUGAUGGUGGAUUUAUGAAGGGGUAACAUGUCCCAGGUGUUAUAUCUGAUGGUUGAUUUAUGAAGGGGUAAAAUGUCCC